AUCUUCCUUCACCUUUCAACAUGGCCGAACGCACGUACAUCAUGAUCAAGCCGGACGGCGUCCAGCGCAACCUCGUGGGUGAAAUCAUCAAGCGCUUCGAGCAGAAGGGAUUCCAGUUGGUUGCCCUCAAGCUGACCCAACCCGGCAAGGCCCACUUGGAAGCGCACUACGCCGACUUGUCCAGCAAGGGCUUCUUCAACGGGUUGAUUGAGUACAUGAACUCGGGCCCCGUGAUCGCCAUGGUGUGGCAAGGGUUCAACGUGGUCAAGGAAGGCCGCAAGAUGCUCGGCGCCACCAAGCCCUCCGACUCGGCCCCCGGCACCAUCCGCGGCGACUACGCCGUCGAAGUCGGCCGCAACAUCUGCCACGGCUCCGACUCGGUGGAAUCCGCCAACCACGAAAUCGCGUUGUGGUUCCCUGAAGGCAUCACCGAAUGGAACGCCACCCGCAACACGUGGGUGUACGAAAACUAAGUAUCAAAAUCCACACGUUUGACACGAUGUCCCUCA